AUGGAAUUUCGCGGGGUCCGGCCAGCCACACCCAGCUCUUUUCGAACAGGCACCAGCCCUAUAUCACCUACUUACCCUAAGCAGCCUGCUACAGUCGACUCAAAAGCGUUGACGAAUGCCUCUUGGGUAGAUUCUGUUGUCUCCGACCCUCACACCGUUGCCUAUUGUCCUACAUCUGAUCAGCAGCUACCAUCUAAUUUUCGGGGACACCCCGUCCCAAAUCCUACUCUCGCUGACCGCUUCGACGUUCAUUUCAAUGUGCCACUUCAAUCAAACCCUCUUCACACCUGCGUACCGCUUCAUAAUGCUAAUUCUGAUCUAUAUAUCCCUAGUCAACCGACGUCCCCAUCUUUGACUAUCAUUCUGUGA